AACUUUUUAAGUGUCUAAUGAUCAUAAUUAAUUACUUUAAUAACUACUCCUAUUUAAAUGCUUGUUCAAUUCAAUUUAAUUUAAUUUAAUUUAAUUUAAGUUUUGUCUAUCUCCUCUACAAUCACAAACUACAUCUUCUCCCGUUUUUCAGGAUCAAAUCGAUUUCCAGAAUCACUCUUUUCUUCCUCCUCUCUAGAGCUGUUAAACUGGGCGUGCAAGUCGGAAUUGGAUUAAGUUCUGUCGGGUGGUAUCGGAUUUGGGUCAAGUUCUGUGUGUGAGCUUUGGCAAUAUCAAUCCCUAAACUGACUUAACUGUAAUGGACGAAUCGAAAUCAACCGCCCACUUGACAUCUUCUGAGUGGGAUAUUAUGUUCCGUUCUUAUGAAGAAGUAAUUAAAAAUGGGACUGAAACUUUGAAGUUACGAGCAACAAUGAAGCUAGUUAGUUUGUUGGAUAGUGUUCCCAAGCACUUUCUAUUGCUUACAGUUCCUAUUCUCAUUGGAAUAAUUGACGGGACGAUGUGCAACCCCGGUCCUCUUCAAGAAACUGCUGCUUAUUGCUUGAAGUGCAUAGCUUGUGAAGAGGAUUCCGAGUUGCUGACACUUAUCUGUAUGCCGCGAACCAUAGCUUCUUUCGUGAGGAUUUUAAAACAAUCUGAUGGUAGAUGUCGGAGAUACAUGAUAAAAUGUUUGUGGGGUAUGGCUUCUUCUGUAAAAGAUAGCAGAGUGCACAUUUUUUCCAGUGGUGGGUUGGAAGUUAUUGUUGUUAUGCUCGCAUCAUGCACGGAUAGUGGAAGAAGAUACCUCUUGGAAAUUCUGAGUGCAUUGACAUUGACCAGAGAUGUGAGGAGAGCAUUGACUUGUAUUGGGGGAUUAGGUUUACUUAUAGAAGCAGCUAAGCAUGGUAGCAUGGUAUCUAGAGAAAGAGCUGCUCAGGCACUUGGGUUGCUUGGAGUUGUGAAGAAGGCAAGACGUACACUAGUUGGGUUGGGUGUGAUACCAGUACUUGCAGAUCUACUGCAGGAUGGAGAUGUCUCAACAAAAGUUGUGGCUGGCAAUGCAUUGGGUAUCAUCUCAUCUCAUGUUGAUUUCAUUAGGCCUGUUGCUAAAGCUGGGGUUAUACCUUUAUACGCAGAGCUUCUUCGAGGGCCUGAACCGUUGGGCAGGGAAGUUGCAGAAGAUGUGUUCUGUGUAUUGGCUGUUGCUGAAAGUAAUGCCAUUGAGAUUUCUGAGCACUUGGUAAGAAUUCUCCAAGAAGACAAUGCUGAAGCAAAGGCUGCUGCUGCAGAUGUUUUAUGGGAUCUGUCAGGAUAUCAACAUUCGAUUUCGGUCAUUGGUAACUCUGGUGCAAUUCCCAUUCUUGUUGAGCUUUUAAGGGAGGGAGAUGGUGAUAUUAAAGAAAAAGUCUCUGGAGCCAUUGCACAAUUGAGUAACCAUGAAGCUGACCGUUCUACCCUGGCCAAUGCUGGAGCCAUUCCACAUCUUAUAGAGAUGUUGCAAGAUGAGUCAGAAGAACUAAGGGACAAUGCUGCAGAAUCACUUGUCAAUUUCUCUGAAGAUCCAAGUUAUCGUGAUAGAUUAUCUCAAGCGUUUGCAAUGCCUGCAUUCCAGAGUAUGCAGGGUAGGAUGGUUCAUAUUCGUGCUGCCGAUCAACAUACAGUCCGAUCAUUGAGACAUAUGAGGCUAUGAGCGAUGAACAGCUUAUCCGGGACCCUGUCCUCGGCUGAUUGUACACCAUGGGGGAGUGGUGGGGGCUGGACACAUCCGAUAUGCUCAAGCCAAGUAGUCAGUAUUCAGUAAGAAACGGUGUUACAAAUCCUCUCUACCAAACAAGAUGUUAGUGGUAAGGCAGUGAAAUUCAGACAAGUGAUUACAAGCAAUAGAGGUUACCUUAAAAGGUAGCUGGGUUCGAUGAGCUGGAAAACAAGGGGAUCCCCAUCGACAAAGUCAUGGUUACCCGCUCUAAUCAGUUCGAGCCUGAUUAUCCCUAAACCCAACGUCAGUUUUUCUAUUUUGACUUGCUCCCCGCCACCCAGUGCCAAGUGAUCGAGGAAGAUACUUGCGUCUUAUCUUCAUCAACAUUCCGUCAUAGUCGAGUAUCUAAGAUAGGUGUUGCAAAUUGCUGUAGGAAACAACUGUAUGAAAAAGUAUUGCAGAGUAACAAAGGAAAAAGAAGUAUGUUAAUUUUUACUUUUUGUUCAAAUUGAGGAUGUUGAAACUUGAAACUAACCUUUUAUAUUGUAUACACGUUUUGGUGGCGUAGCAUAAACAUUAAACAGUGUUGGAUCACAUAUGAAAACCAACUUCAUGCAAAUUUUAAUAUUUAAAAAAUUAGUAUAGUUAAUAAUUA